GGAUGGGGAGGUUGUGUCUACGAUAUUCUUUCCUUCGCCGCUGCGUCACAACCUCGUCCUCGGCCGGGACCUUCGGCUGGGCCUUCGUGACGGGAAAGAGUAAUCGGACGUCGAGCAGCACCUUGGCUUCCCGACGGCAUCGCUGAGGUCCGUGUGCGAAGAUGGUAGACAAUUCCUCCUACACUAUGGUGACGAGACGCCCUCCGCUGCCGUCGAGAAGCCCCAUCAGCGCGGCGGACCACCACAACAACAACUUCCUGGCGGAGGUCACCACCAACACCACCAACACGACCCCCGUCACCAGCCUGCCGUCCCUGGCCCACCCCCUCCUGACGCGCAACGACGCCGGCCACAGGAUCAGCCUGGGCCCGCUCCUCCCGCGCCCCUCGCCCGCCGCCGCCUCCUCCCGAAGCUUCCAGGACAACGCGGGCGCCUCCAGUCCUCGCGCCUCACACGCCGUCAAUGGCAACCUGAGUGGCAGCCUCGGCCAGCAGCAGAUGGGGGGCAGCGCGAUGCCUCUGCCGCCCGGGGGCCGCGAGUGGGAGGAGGAGCUCGGGCGCGGCGCCGCGGGAUCGACCCUCGCCAAGUCGGCCACGCAGCCCAGCCUCUGCCCCGCCGGCCGCCCGACGCCCUCGCCCGCGUCGCCCACGUGCCAGAGCGAGGACGGCUUCAGUUGGGUCGGAGGCAGCGCGGGCCUGUGCGUCUCGUCCUGCGACAGCGCCGACGACCUGCACGGCGAGGCGAGCGAGUACACGGAUGCCAAGUCGUCGCUGUCGGCUCCGGUGGAACUGCUGUCGGAGUUCCUCUCGGCUGUGAUGUCAAAGGAUUACGAAAAUGCCUUAAAACUAUGCCAGUCCAUUCUGAAAUACGAGCCUCAGAAUGCCACAGCUCGAGAGUUCUUCCCGCUCAUCAGUCUAAAAAUAAAGCAAAUGUCGGAUGCAGCAAAUCUGGAAUGUCAUAGUUCAACAGACGAAGGUCAUGAAAGUGAUGAAGACACCAUGGACUCGUACUCCAGCCUGGAGGACGAGAUCGACGACGAGCACGACCUCGCCUCCCCCGACCCGCUCCUGCCCCAGCAGAAGCCCCUCCUCCAGAGCCACGCCGGCCUCCCGACGCCCCGAGCCCGCACGACGGAGGACACCAUCAUCAGAAUGUCCACGCCCGUGCAGUCGAGUCCGGAGUCGGCCAUGUCGGGCUCGAACAGCUUGGACUUCAGCUACGGGAUCGACUCCGGGGAUUCACUCUUCUCCUCCACCGAGUCGGACCUCACCCUCGAGUCCGUGGUGAACGCUGCUCGGAGUAUUAACUUAGGGGAUUCGUAAUGUGAUUUUUUUUUUUUUUUUGCAUGAUGGGGAUGUAUUUGCAUGUAUCAAUUACAUUACCGGAUGGACAGUUCUUUGUACUGGUUACGUAUGGCAUCCGUUGUUUGUAUUUAUAACGGUACUGUAUUAUUGAAUGUGCAAGAUAUAGUUCAUUAAAAAAAAAAGUUAAUUUGUGGAUUUCAAAAGUUGAAGGGAACUGAACAUUAGUGAUAGAAAAAUCAGUAUUAUGCUGUGCUGGAAGGCAAAUGGUAUAUUAGAUAAGGAACAGAGUGACUUUUUGGCGAAUUGGUACAUGAUCAGAUAUUUUUUUUACGAGAACAAUAGUUUAGUCUCAUUAAUCAGUGAUUUGAUUUUCGUAAUUAUGUUAUGGUAUGUGAUUUAAUCAUGUAUUAUAAAUCUUAUUCAAGGGUGAAAAAAAAUAUGAAGAGUGAAAUACUGGCGAGCGAACCGGGAAUAUUACAGUAUGCAAAUUUACAUAGCUUGAUUGCGUGAUUGCUGUUAAUUUGGCCGUUAAAGAAAAAUACAAAGAGAGACCGUAAAGCUAGCAUAGCUUUAUAUAUCUUAAAUCUCUUCCGUUCCUAUUUUUUUAAGAAACUCUUUAUUUUGAUUAUGUUUUAGUUCUCUCUCUCUUAGCGCAAAAAAUCGAUACAUGCUUUUAAUUCAAUAAGCUACGCUGAUAAUCAUGAAAUAAGAUAGAAACAUUAACGUGAAUCUAAUGCUCUUUAGUCAGCAUAGAAGACACUGAUUCCGCAAACAAUGCUACAAUUUCGAGUUCAAAACAAACAGACGUCAAGCAGUGUAAGUCGCAUGAACAAUUACUUAAUGCAUUUGACAGGUCCAGAUGCACGCUUAUACAGUUCGACCGUGUUCACAUACUUAGCCUAUGAACAGAUAUAGACAUUUUCUUCAACAGAGCCACAUUUGCUUCUCAAACUUAUCGUACGUUUUACUCUUCCUGUGUGUGGAAACCCAUUCCCUGAGUCUCGCUCCGUGAAUAAACUGUCCCUUCAGAAAAUAAUCCGUUAUGUGUCACUCACUGUAUUCCUCAUGACAGAAACCUACAUAGUGUAAUGUUUCUUAAGUACUAUCUGAUGUUAAAUGUGUGUGCAUUUGUCACUCUUGCUCUUUCAAUAAAACACAAAGGAAUUCCGACUCGUUUCAUAGGAGAUGAAAACUGAAUAAUAUUUGUGCCAAUAGUUUCAUAAAGCAUUCAGUGAUCAUACACACGUACAAAUACCGUUAAUCUUUCCUCAUUACCUUCUGCCUUAAAAGUGUAUUCAUACAUAUAUUCCAAGUGUGAUAAACUACUACCUUUAGUUCCACUGUUUACCUAUUCUAACAGCAAGCGUUGUAUGGUAGAAUCUACUUCCUCUACACACCUAAGCUGAAUAGAUGCAAGCUGCUGCCCGCUCCUUUAUUCAUACCUGAAGUGGAAUUAAAUCUUGCCUGUCACUAUGCAGCUGUCUAGUUAUUUGUAUCGACUAGAAAGGAACUGUUUAGAUUUGUGUACAAUUCGAAUGCUGUAUGUUUAAGGUGAUAUUUAUACAAAAAAAAGUAAGAUUACCAGUAUCUUAACUUCUUUUUAUAUAGUUUUAGUACACAUAUCAUAAAUCCAGAUCUACAUUAACGAA